AGUUAUGCCAUCAAUUCAUACCUGAGUCUCACCUCUUGAUGUAAGAAGAGAUGGACCGGUCGUGGAGUGUGUGGUCCAGUGUUUGUACGCAUGCGUUGAUAUUCUCACUGUUUAUGUAUUGAUUGCAAUCAUUGCAUACAAUAUAACAUAUAAUCUUACAGUUUGUGUGAAGCACUGCAUAUGAGAUGUGCUUUCAAUUGUCAAGUGAUGUGAUCACAGCUUAAGACAUAAAGUGUUUUCAGUGAUAUAGUGGUCAACAAUCAAUGCAAUGAUGAAUCCCUUGUUGGACACUAUCAAUGCCGUCAACUCGUGCUCCGACAGCUCCGAUGAGUGUGACAUCAAUAGCAAGUGUUAUACAAGAAGUGAACGACGACACCGACGGCCAGUCAAUGGCAACACUUGUAACUACUAUUACAGCAGUUCCGACGGUGACUCCAUUUCAAGCUAUGCGGCCACCAAUUCACUUGAAUCGGGAUAUAAGUCCGACUAUUUGGGAUGUAAUACACCCGAACAGAUGGAAGACAUUCCCGACUCUAUCACUGAAGCCAUCACUCAUCAAAUGUCUGGUAACGAGUCGUCGCCCACAGACGAUAGAUAUGAUAGAUCAAUGGGUUUAGAUGUCAGUGAAGAUUGUGUACCAAAAAAUGAUCUCCAAAGACAUCAAAAACAUGCAUUUGAUGACAUGAACAGCAAUUGUGGUGACACACCACUCGUCAUCAACAAUAAGUGUGGAUUUGGCCGMAAAACAGGAGGAAUAUUAACUGAAAAGAUGGCAAAUCGUUUGAAAUCAUUGAAUACAGACUCACAAUUGGAUCACUUAUUCAAAUUGAGAAAAUCUUUGCUCAAAGCAUUGAGACGUUGCGAACGUAUCUCAACUCCGGUCAACUCACGUGAUGGCAGUCCGAUAACAGCACCGACCAAAUCUGUGUCCAGUCGAUCAUCGAGUCCCGCGUCCACUGUUAUCCGAAAUUUUUAUACAAAUAAUAACAGUAUUAAUACUCGCCGUAUAAGAGGAGAGCACGACAUCAACUCUAGUGAUAAAUGCCGCCAAAAGUUUGUGUCUUCUCCGGUGACUAUUAGAUCACAAGAUGGUAUGAUUGACACAUGUGAUGAACAGUUAUCGGACAUUGAAUCGGUGAAUACCGACUGUCCAUUCAACGACAGCUCCGUUGUGGUCAACAAUGGCUGUAAAAGCGUACGUUUCAAUAGUUCUGUCAAAUUUAGUCCCAAUUCAAUGCAAAUGAGAAGAAAAGAGCAAAUUAGUGGUAAUUAUGUGUCCAAUAAGUCUAUACUGAAGGACCCACUCUGUGAAACACUGAGGUCUGCCAUAAAAGCCGGAGAGUUCACUAAUAGCUGUUCACUUGAGGGCGAGAUCGACGAGUUAUUAUAUGGACGCACCGGUGCUUAUUAUCAUUCACCUUCUCAUCAGUCAAAAGAAGCUCAGUUAGCUGACGACCUAAUSUGUCCUUCCCAGGCAUAUGUGGCCAGACUUGAAGAGAAAUAUCGCACACUUACCAAUAAUGACAUUCCAAAAAAUGGCUAUACAACCAAACACAACACUACCAAUACUACCAGUGCCGUCGUUUCAAAGAAAAAGGCUAAUAAUUCUAAUAAAGAGUAUUCAUCGCUCAAAACAGGAUUUUCGUCGUCGAUGUCUAGCAAAGCACUUGAACAGGAGGUUGACUUAAGCAUAACGUCUGAACCAAGAGUUAACACAACCCUGAGCUCGACRACCACUACUGCCAGCAACCAUACCAACUGUUUGAGUUCAUACAGCAGUCUUUACGGAACAACAACAACAMCACACUCGACCACCAACACCAACAACCAAACUAACAGAUCAUUUAGUGCCAAAUCUAAUCGUAAAUCUAAGAAAAAGCAUUUAAACGAAAUGGCCAAAUGUAUGCUUGAAAUACUCAAUGACCUACAGGUGCCUAAUAACGCAACAGAUAUUUACUCAUCGGCGACGUCCAGUCGUCUCCAGAAUACUAUAUUCAGUACAGACUCCGAUAACGAAUCAAACAUUGAUCUACUUAUGAAAGAACUUUCAAUCGGACAGUCAGAUACCAGUGACUUGAGUGACAUUAGCUCCACAUCCUAUCGAACAUUCCCUGAACAGCACAUCUAUGAAGAAAUACUUUAUGAUUGUUUAGAGUCGCAACCAAAUGAUGUGACAUUAUAUCAACAUUACUUACCGUCCCRUCGGACCAUCACAUCAUCAGCUAAUAAGUUUACUCACUCGUCAGUCAAUGGCAUUAGAGURGAAGCACCCAUACAACAGUCACAUAUCAGGCAUGUGGGCAGUUGGGGCCGAACCAGUAAUAGACCCAAACAAAGAAGUAACUUAUAUACCAUCUUCUCUGAUGAAAGUGAACGCCGAAAUAUCUCCCGUUCCUUGGAAAGGGAGUUUUGUAAACGCAAUGCAUUUGAUAUAAAUACUAAUAUUAACAAUAAUACUAAUCUUAGUAAUAGUAUUGAGUCAGUGCUUGAUAAUUAUGGCUUUAAAAUAUAA